UCCAGACAAUAAUAAUAUAAAGAAUAAUAUUAUUUAAUUACAAUAAUACAUAUUUGGAAUAAUAAGACAGAUUUUUUACAGCGAAACAUCACGGCUAAUUAAUAUUAUUUUAUAACUGAAUAUUGUAGUAUCAAGAUUUGAUAUUAUAAUUACGAAUAUGAAUAAGUUCAGUAAAGGCUGGUUCAGUGAAGUUAAUGAUUUAUGGCCUGGUAUUUCACAAUCGAUACAAAUUGAGCAAAUAUUAUUCGAUGAAGUUUCAAGAUAUCAACAUAUUCAAGUUUUUCAAACAAAAUUUUAUGGAAGAAUGUUAGUACUUGAUGGCGUAAUUCAAUGUACCGAAAAAGAUGAAUUCUCAUAUCAAGAAAUGAUAGCAUUUUUACCACUCUGUUCACAUUCAAAUCCUAAAAGUGUACUUAUUGUUGGUGGGGGAGAUGGAGGUGUAGCUAGAGAAGUUUCAAAGUUUCCAGGAAUUAAUGAAAUUGAUCAAAUAGAAAUUGAUGAAAAAGUAAUAGAAGUGUCCAAAAAAUAUCUACCAUUUAUGGCAAAUGGAUUAUCUAAUCCUAAAGUUAAUCUUUUUAUUGGUGAUGGCUAUGAGUAUUUAAAAAAUCAAACUAAGAAGUAUGAUAUUAUCAUAACGGAUAGUAGUGAUCCUAUUGGACCAGCUAAAGCACUAUUUGAGAUGUCAUAUUUUCAUCUAAUAAAAAGAGCUUUAAACUCAAAUGGAAUCAUCUGUAGUCAAGCGGGUACUAUAUGGGCUAAUUUCGAACAAGUGAAAACUACGUUCAGUCAUUGCAAAGCCUUAUUUUCAAAAACAAACUACGGCAUCGCACCAGUACCUACUUAUCCAACUGGGCAAAUAGGUUUUGUACUAGGAAGUUUAAAUCCUAUGCAGUCUUCAUCAACAAUUGGAAUAACUCCAAGAAAACGUAGGAAGCAGAGUCCAUCAAUGCCUCAUAACCCCCAAGAAAGUUUCUCUCAGAGACAGGUACAAGGGCGCAAUUUUAGAGAUAGCACAUACAGAAAAAGAGAAAAUUUAUAUCUGUAGCGGAAGAAGACAUAAGUCUAUUUCUAUCUGAUGAUGAGAUGGAUGAACCCUUUACCAA